AUGCCUUUUCUGCUGUGCUUGAAAAAAAAAAAGUCACCUGUGCCUUUAGGCAGGAGUAUCUUUCAAAAACACACCCCUCCCAUCCAGCAGAACUACCAGGCUUUGCUGGAGUCGUGCUUGAAGAACAAACGCUUGUUCACAGAUGACACCUUCCCUGCUCACAUCAGCUCUAUUGGAACAGGAGCACUGCUAAAGAAACUUCCCCGAAAUUUACAGUGGAAGAGGCCACAUGCUUUGCACAAAAGUCCCAUAUUUUAUGCUGCAAACAGAAAGCAGCUUGAUCUCUGCCAAGGAUUGGUGGAGAACUGCUGGUUCCUGGCGGCCCUGGAAGCCCUGACAUUCCACCAGGACAUCUUGGCUGCAGUUGUACCACAAAACCAGAGCUUUGAGAGGAAAUAUGCGGGCAUUUUCCACUUCCGGUUCUGGCACUUUGGGGAAUGGAUUGACGUGGUGGUUGAUGAUCGCCUGCCGGUGAAUGAGGUCGGGGAGCUGCUCUUUGUUUCCUCCGUCUAUAAGAACGUGUUUUGGGGAGCCCUUCUGGAGAAGGCAUAUGCUAAACUGUAUGGCUCCUAUGAAGACCUGCAGAUUGGGCAAGUUUCAGAAGCCUUAGUGGAUUUUACAGGGGGUGUCAAUACAAGGAUCAAGCUUGCAGAAGCUCCUCCUGAUCUCUGGGGCAUCCUGACAAGAGCCACCUACAGCAGAUCUCUCAUGGGCUGUCAGACACACUUAGGGACAACAAAGGUCCUGAAGAAUGGGCUUGUUGCUGCCCAUGCCUACACAGUAACUGGUAUUAGAAAGGUCACCUGUCAAUAUGGACCAGAAAACCUAGUGAGACUGAGAAAUCCAUGGGGAAAAAUUGAGUGGAAAGGAGACUGGAGUGACAGCUCUUACAAGUGGGAGCUGCUGAGCCCAAAGGAGAAGAUUUUACUGAGGAAAAAGAAGGAGGAUGGAGAAUUCUGGAUGUCUCUGCAAGAUUUUAAGAUUCAUUUUGUCGAUCUGGUCAUCUGUAAACUAACUCCUGACCUGAUGAGCCAGGAAGAUGGGAAAAAGUGGAUGUACUCCUGGAAGACUGGGAGAUGGGUUAAAGGAAGUACAGCAGGAGGAAGUCUGGGAUUCUGUAAUGGCAAUUUUUGGAUGAACCCUCAGUACUGGCUGAAUGUGUUGCCAGUUGAAGACAGUAAGAAAAGCCCAAGUGCAUGCAAUGUGGUUAUAUCCCUCAUGCAGAAACACAGCACCAAACACCGGAACCGAGCCCCUCAUCUUUUCAUUGGAUUUUUACUCUAUAAGGUGCAAAGGAUUUACCAGGAGAGCAACAGAAAGCUGCCCCCAGGUUUCUUCACUCGACAUCAGCCUGUGAACAAGCACCAGGUUUUCCUUGAUGAGCGGGAAGUGACUUGUGAUUUCCAUCUGGAGCCUUGUGUCUACGUGAUUGUCCCAUGCACCCUGGAGCCUCAGCAAGAGUCUGAGUUCGUCCUGCGGGUCUUCUCCAGGAAGCACAUUCUUCGGGAAAUGGGUGGGAACACGAGCUUCACCCUCUCUAAGGAAAUUGUUGAUAGAUAUGAAGGCAAGAUUUGGGAGGAUUUCUUCACAAAGCAUUUUGAACAGAAUCCUGAAAUAAAUGCUGUUCAGCUCCAGAGGAUCUUGAAUAAUAUAUCUUGGAGAAAUUUCCAGAGUUUUCGCCUGAAUUUCAGUCUGGAUUCCUGCCAGGGUAUCUUGGCGCUCCUGGAUCUGAAUGCCACUGGCACACUGAGUAUCCAGGAAUUCAGAGUCCUGUGGAAAAGGCUGCUUUUCUAUUUGGAAGUUUUCCAGAAGAGAGACACCAAAAGAUUAGGAAAGCUUGACCUUGUGGAACUGCAUGCAGCUGUACAGGAGACAGGCAUUUCACUCAGCAAUGAAGUCUGUAAUUUGAUGGCUAUCAGAUAUGGUGAUGCUGGCUUACAGAUCAGUUUUGAGAGCUUUGUUUGCUUCAUGCUUCGAGUGGAGAUCAUGGGAGAGGCCUUUCGUAACCUAACACAAGAUGGCCAAGGGAUAUAUCUCCGGGAAUCUGAGUGGAUGAUGAUGACACUUUAUUCAUGA